CCUUCCUUUUCCCUGCGCCGGGGGUCGGCCGACUCCCCGCGCACCGGGACCGGGCUGUGCCCUGCCCUUCCCGGCCUCGCUGCGGCUCCAGCGGCGGCGGUGCAUGGAGACUGCAAGAAGAUUCCCAUCUGGCUUGCUGCAAAUUCCAAGGAAGACACAAUUGAAGGUAGGCACAUCUGCUGCCAUGGUGAAUGAGAAGCACAGUGGCAACCUGCUUGUGCAGCUGGGACCCAAACUGCAGGCCUACCCGGAGAAGCUGCUCCAGCAGCGGCGAGGCCGCGAUGGCCAGCCCGAAUACCUGAUCCAAUGGAGUGUGAUUAGGUUAGAAGAGAGAGCAGUGGGAGGCAGCAGUGCCUCCUCUGCAGAGACCAAGCCAGAGAACAUCUCAAUGUGGAUGUCUGCAGAAGAGGUCUGUGCCAGCUGCCCAGCUCUCCUGGGCAAGAGGAAGCUGGAAGGGCGGUGGGUGAAAGAGGAGAAGGCGCCCAGCCCAUUGGCUGCAGAUGUCCCGCUGGACGAAGCCUCGCUGCUGGAGAUGAAGGCCGAUGUCAGGAGCCUGGUGCAGCGAGCCGAGCGGCAGGUGGCCGAGGCCGGGACGCCCGAGUGCUCCAUCCUGAGCACUGUGCACGUGCUGAGCGCCUACGCCAGCAUCGGCUCUCUGGUGGGUGCCUUCAGGGAGACGGGAGCCCUGGACGUGCUGAUGAAGAUGCUGUGCCACAGGGAGAAGCAGAUCCGCCACGGUGCCGGCAAGAUGCUGCGGGCCCUGGCUUCGCAUGAUGCAGGUGGGGGCUGCUGCUGCUCAGAUCCACUGUGGAGGUGCUGCUGGGCAGCUGAGGGGCUGCUCCCUGAGGAGAGGAGCCGUGUGAAGCAGGAGUUUGAGUUCAGCAUGGCCAUGGCAAACCUCAUCUCGGAGCUGGUGCACGUGAUGGGCUGGAACCACAACCACAAGCCAGAGCUGCCGCCCCGAAAGGAGCUCCGGCCUCGCGCCACCCGCUCCAUCUUCCAGCACAAAACCCCAACCAGAUCUGCUGUCCAAAUGCCUGUGCUCAGUUCAAACCAUGGUGCUUACAAAAAGCAGAACCGUGCCUUCCUGACCCCAUCAGACUUCGCAGAGAGCAAUGACUAUGUGGAGUACUUACAGGCAAACCUGGUGCCUGGCAUGAGGGUGCGCUUGCUGGAGGACUGUGGUGACAUUAGAGCUGGGGAGGAAGGCGAGUGUCUUCAGAGCACCAACAGCAUGCACACAGUACAGGUUUUAUGGCAGUCAACAGGUCGGACCUACUGGAUGCGUUGGCACACAUUGGAGAUUAUUGGCUUUGGAGACCAGUGGGAAGAUCCUGCUGCUCAGGAAAAGGAAUAUAGUCCAAUAAAGAGCUUUAAUCUAGACACAGUGUUUGUCCUGGUGAAGCGCUACCUGUGUGUCACUUCUCUCCUGGACAAGCUGAGCAGCAGUGUGGAGCAGGGAGAGGAGCAGCAGGGCUGCGCUGUGCCCAGGCUGCUCCCUGAGGAGAGGAGCCGUGUGAAGCAGGAGUUUGAGUUCAGCAUGGCCAUGGCAAACCUCAUCUCGGAGCUGGUGCAUGUGAUGGGCUGGAACCACAACCACAAGCCAGAGCUGCCUCCCCAAAAGGAGCUCCGGCCUCGCGCCACCCGCUCCAUCUUCCAGCACAAAACCCCAACCAGAUCUGCUGUCCAAAUGCCUGUGCUCAGUUCAAACCAUGGUGCUUACAAAAAGCAGAGCCGUGCCUUCCUGACCCCAUCAGACUUCGCAGAGAGCAAUGACUAUGUGGAGUACUUACAGGCAAACCUGGUGCCUGGCAUGAGGGUGCGCUUGCUGGAGGACUGUGGUGACAUUAGAGCUGGGGAGGAAGGCGAGUGUCUUCAGAGCACCAACAGCAUGCACACAGUACAGGUUUUAUGGCAGUCAACAGGUCGGACCUACUGGAUGCGUUGGCACACAUUGGAGAUUAUUGGCUUUGGAGACCAGUGGGAAGAUCCUGCUGCUCAGGAAAAGGAAUAUAGUCCAAUAAAGAGCUUUAAUCUAGACACAGUUGCACAACCAUUUUUGUGCAAGUCCCUGAGAGGUGUGUACUCCCUGCCUUACCUGGGGCAGCCACCGACCAAGGCUGCAGAGGCCCUGAGCCGUGCUGAGUGGUGGGAGCUGCUCUUCUUCGUGAAGAAGCUGGAAGCACAGGAGCAGAAAGAGAUCGCCUUUCUCAUCCAGCAGGACCAGGGAGAGCAGGUGGAUGAAGAAGCCCUAAUCCAGCUGUCGGUGCCUGUGGAGCUGGCCCAGAAGGUGCUGCAGGUCUUGGAGAAGCGGUGCCAGGGCAGCACUCUGCGUGACCUGCGUGGCUCCCGUGUCUAUGCCAGAUACUUCCUCAUUAGGGGGGCUGAGCAGGAUGGUGGGGGGAGCACCGCAGUGUCCUCAGAGGGCAGUGGCUGCAAGAACAUUGGCUGUGAAGCCACGAUGGUCAAGUCAGCAAAGGAAGACCUUUCUGCAGCCACAGCGCCGCCCCAAGCCCCGAGUGUGGCAGUGAAGUCCGAUUCCCAGCUGUUCAGCGAGCUCUUUGAGAGGGAAGGGCUGUUGUUCCCAGAGGUGACAGAGGAGCAGAUCAAAGUGUUGGGCAGCCCCAAAGGGGUGAGCGAGAGCGGCUCGGUGGCCGAGAUUGCAGCCACGGUGGACGUGAUCCAGAGCAGCAGCUCAGCGGUGGGGCUGCGCUUAGCUGGGCUCAAGCAAAUCUUGAAGAUCCUGGAGGAGGAACCUGAGUCCGAGCAGCAAGUUGGCACAGCCCAGGGCAGGCUGGGGACCGGGAGCGCUGGGGAGAAGCUGGUGCAGGUGGCAGUGGAGCUGCUGAGCACUGAGGUGGCAGAGAAGGCGCUGGUGGCGGUGACGCUGCGGCUGCUGGCCGUGCUGAUGGCGCAGUAUGACUGGCGUGUGCCGUUUGCCACGGAGGGCGGCGUGCGGGCCGUGCUGGCCUGCAUGCAGCAGCACAGCUCCUCCGCCCUGGUGCAGCAGGCUGGCCUGGCGGUGGAUGAAGAAGCCCUGAUCCAGCUGUCGGUGCCUGUGGAGCUGGCCCAGAAGGUGCUGCAGGUCUUGGAGAAGCGGUGCCAGGGCAGCACUCUGCGUGACCUGCGUGGCUCCCGCGUCUAUGCCAGAUACUUCCUCAUUAGGGGGGCUGAGCAGGAUGGUGGGGGGAGCACCGCAGUGUCCUCAGAGGGCAGUGGCUGCAAGAGCAUUGGCCGUGAAGCCACGAUGGUCAAGUCAGCAAAGGAAGACCUUUCUGCAGCCACAGCGCCACCCCAAGCCCCGAGUGUGGCAGUGAAGUCCGAUUCCCAGCUGUUCAGCGAGCUCUUUGAGAGGGAAGGGCUGUUCUUCCCAGAGGUGACAGAGGAGCAGAUCAAAGUGUUGGGCAGCCCUAAAGGGGUGAGCGAGAGCGGCUCGGUGGCCGAGAUUGCAGCCACGGUGGACGUGAUCCAGAGCAGCAGCUCAGCGGUGGGGCUGCGCUUAGCUGGGCUCAAGCAAAUCUUGAAGAUCCUGGAGGAGGAACCUGAGUCCGAGCAGCAAGUUGGCACAGCCCAGGGCAGGCUGGGGACCGGGAGCGCUGGGGAGAAGCUGGUGCAGGUGGCAGUGGAGCUGCUGAGCACUGAGGUGGCAGAGAAGGCGCUGGUGGCGGUGACGCUGCGGCUGCUGGCCGUGCUGAUGGCGCAGUAUGACUGGCGUGUGCCGUUUGCCACGGAGGGCGGUGUGCGGGCCGUGCUGGCCUGCAUGCAGCAGCACAGCUCCUCCGCCCUGGUGCAGCAGGCUGGCCUGGCGGCCCUGAAGGUGCUGGUGGGAGCUGCAGACGGUGAGCCAGGAGGUGGUGGUGGGAAGUCCUUGCCCUGGAACCAUGCCGACGCGCAGAUGAUGCGGGAGAUCUUUGCUAGCAUCGGCUCUGCCUCGAGCGAGGGCUCUGCCAGUCUGCUGAGUACCAUCCCUGCUGCCCUGAGCACCAUGCAGAGGGUCCCAGGGGGCUCCUCAGGAGUGCAGAACGGCUUGCUGGUGGUGAACAUGCUGAUGGAUGGGCACCGGGGCCUGGCGGAGCAGCUGGCGAGCUGCGACCUCCCCACGGUGCUGCAGAGCUGCUGGAGGGACGGGCAGAGCAGCGGCUGCCCUCAUGCAGUGCUGGCCCUGCGCGCCAUCAACCGCCUCGCAGAGCACCGUCUGCCCCUGGACCUGGAGGCAGCAGGCGGAGAAGCCCCACUGGACCUGAAGGGCGUGCGGAUGCUUCUGGGCAGGCUGGAGGAUGGCGCCUUGUCCAAGGAGGUGGUGGUGGCCCUGGAGCGGCAGCUCUGCGGGGAAGGCCCUGUCCCCUCUGGGCAGGUGGCGCAGCUGCUGCAGGACCACAGCUGCUUCAGGCUGCUGCUGCGCAGCUUGGAGCUGCUGGGGGCGGAGAAGGCUGUGAGCCUGAGCAUCCUCAGGGUCCUGAACAAGUUCCUGGACAGUUAUCAGGAGGAUGUGCUGCCCUGGCACGAGUGUGUGGAGCCCUGUGUGUCCAAGGACUGUGUGGUGGUGAUGUGCCACGUGGGCACCCACGAGGCUCUGUCCAAAGCCCUGGAAAAGCACAGCGUGGCUCCGUCGCUGGCACCAGCCCUGCUCAACCUGGUGACGGACUGUGAGAAGUACGCCAGCCUCUACAAGAAGCUGACGACCAGCAUCUUGGCUGGCUGCAUCCAGCUGGUCCUGGGACAGAUUGAGGAGCACCGCCGGAGCCACCAGCCCAUCGACAUCCCCUUCUUUGAUGUCUUCCUGCAAAACCUGUGCCGAGGCUCCAGCAUGGAGGUGAAGGAAGAGAAGUGCUGGGAGAAGGUGCAGGUCUCCUCCAACCCGCACCAGGCCAGCAGGCUCACAGACAGGAACCACAAGACAUACUGGGAGUCAAAUGGCAGCACUGGCUCCCACUUCAUCACUGUGCACAUGCAGUGUGGUGUGGUGAUCAGGGAGAUGAGCAUGCUGGUGACCAGUGAGGACUCCAGUUACAUGCCAUCCCGUGUCAUGGUGCUGGGUGGGGACAGCCCUGCCACCAUCAGAACGGAGCUCAACACAGUUACCAUCCUGCCUUCGGACAGCAGAGUGAUCCUGCUGGAGAACAUGACCCGCUUCUGGCCCAUCAUCCAGAUCCGGGUGAAGCGGUGCCAGCAGGUAGGGGAGCAGGGGCCAGGCCAGCGAGCUGGCAGUGUGGGGUAUCAGGGCUGUGCCUGAGGAACUGAGGGUAA